GUGCAUAUCGAUGUCUUGACCCAGCUACCCAUCGUAUUUUUAUUAGCAGGCAUGUAAUAUUUAACGAGUCUGUUUUUCCCUUCUCUCAGACCGCGACGCCCGUUACUAAUCUCUCCUCGGAGAUUGAUAACUGGCUUCAACCACCUAUUUCUUAUCUUCCUCUUUCAGGUACACCAGCGGCAAAGGCAUCUCAUAUUUCUCAUACCCCGACUCAGCAAAGCAUCCCUGAUACUUCAAUCUCUACCUCUAAUACGUCGCCCCCUACACCCCCACCUCCACCUGCUAUCAUCACCUAUCAACGUCGGCCUAAGCAAAAACCAUCUACCCCACUGUUACCUCAAACUUCACUUAAUGAACCACCCAUUAUCACCCCAACCAAUUCCCCUCCCAAACGUACUCAUCCUAUGACCCUUCGUCCUCGUAAACAAGCUAAUCUCGUCACUCAAUCCGCCUUACCUCAUCAUAUUAUUCCUACUUGUGCUUCUCAGGCCUUACAGGUACCAGAAUGGAAGGCUGCUAUGUCAGUAGAAUUUGAGGCCUUGGUUAAACAGGGAACUUUGGAUCUUGUUCCAACUUGUCCUGGUCAAAUUGUUGUUGGUUGCAAAUGGGUUUAUAUUGUGAAGUACAAGCCGGAUGGUUCCUUGGAUCGUUUCAAAGCUCGGUUGGUUGCUAAGGGCUUUCAUCAACGCCCAGGAGUUGAUUAUUCUGAGACUUUCAGCCCAGUAAUCAAACCGGUCACUAUUCGGGUUGUCUUGACUAUUGCCCUUUCUCAUGGUUGGCAGAUCAAUCAACUUGAUGUUAAUAAUGCCUUUUUGCAUGGGACUCUACACGAGGAAGUAUACAUGAAACAACAUCUUGGUUUCAAUGAUGGUUCCGGGUCUGUUUGUCGUCUUCUUAAAUCUAUCUAUGGUCUCAAACAAGCACCCCGGGUGUGGUAUCAAUCUUUGAGUGGGUUUCUUCUUUCCUUUGGAUUUCAUCAAUCUGUGUCGGAUGCGAGUCUCUUCAUACUCUCUUCACAUCAAUCUUAUAUCUAUGUAUUGGUGUAUGUGGAUGAUAUUAUUGUUACUGGAUCCACUCCUACUUUGGUUCGUCGGACUAUUGAUUCAUUAGCGCAAAAAUUCUCUAUUAAGGAUUUGGGAUCCUUACAUUAUUUUCUAGGCAUGUAGGUCACUCCGACGCAGGAUGGGCUCUUUCUUGACCAACACAAAUACAUUACCGAUUUAUUGCAUGUGUUGAAAAUGGAUGAAGCUAAACCAGUCUCCACACCAUUGGCUUCCUCGGCAUCCUUAACCUUGUUUGAUAGUUCGGGGUCUUGCGAUGUAUCUCUCUAUCGUCAAGUGAUUGGAUCACUUCAAUAUUUGAGUCUCACAAGACCAGAUGUUGCCUUCACUGUCAACAAACUUGCUCAAUUUAUGCACAAACCGACGGUUACUCAUUGGCAGCAUAUCAAAUGCCUAUUACGGUACCUUUAAGGCACUAAUUCUUAUGGUCUCUAUCUCCGCCGCAGUUCAUCUCUUUCUCUACGUGCUUAUGCCGAUGCAGACUGGGCAGGCAAUCCCGAUGAUCGCUCCUCAACUAGCGCAUAUGACAUUUUUCUUGGUGAAUCACUUGUUUCAUGGAAGUCCAUUAAACAAUGAACCAUUGCUAAAUCAUCUAGAGAAGCGGAGUAUCGGGCUCUCUCUACUGCCGCAUCAGAAAUUCUUUGGAUCGAGUCUUUUCUUCAUGAACUCCGACAUCCGCCUCCCUCUUCCUCGCUCCUACUUUGUGAUAACAAAGGCGCUACAACUUCUUCAACAAAUCCGAUUUUUCAUUCUAGGAUGAAGCAUGUUGCCAUCGAUUUUCAUUUUGUCCGACAACGUGUCAACGUGGGCUUCUUCGUGUUCUUCACAUCUCUCAUGAUCAGUUAGCUGAUGCUCUUACCAAACCACUCUCAAGGCAACGUUUUACCCUACUCAGAGACAAGCUCAGGAUUCUUGGGAGUGACAGAAUACCUGGCUUGCGGGGGCGUGUAGAAGAAUCCAGAAAACACUAAUUUAUAAUAUUAUAAUUUCAGUUAUAACUGUUACAUAUCUUUGUAAUUAGUAUUAUAAUUAUUACUAUAGGCUCCCAAUGACUGUAUAAAUACCAAUAUAUGCCUGAGAAUAAAGUAUGCAAUUCAGUCUACAAUUCUCCUUUCCUCUAAACUCUAUUAAUUAGAACCCAUGAAGGCCACUAUGAAUAAAUAGUUAUGCCUUUUGGUCUCACCAAUGCUCUUUCUACAUUUCAAGCUUUGAUGAACAGGGUGUUGAGACCAUAUUUGAGGAAGUUUGUGUUUUUUUUUUUAUGAUAUCUUGAUCAAGAGCCAAACAGAGGAGGAACACAUUGAGCAUGUUAAGAAAGUGAUGCAAACAUUGAAAGAUAAUCAAUUGGUGGUCAUUAAAAAAUGUGAAUUUGGACAAGAAAAGUUGGCCUAUUUAGGCCAUAUUAUAUCUGGAGUAGGUGUGGAGGCAGAUCCGAGUAAGGUGCAGGAUAUGUUAGACUGGGAAAGACCUAAUAAUGCUAAAGGAUUGAGGGGAUUCUUGGGACUCAUAGGUUAUUACAGAAGGUUUGUUAAGGGGUAUGGGAAGAUAACAGCACCCCUCAACAACCUACUGAAGAAGGAUAGAUUCCACCAGACACAGGAAGCAAUGGAUGCCUUUGAAGAACUGAAACAAGCUAUGACCAGACUGCCAGUUCUACAAAUUCCAUAUUUCCACAAAACUUUUGUUAUAGAAGCGGAUGCUUCGGGAAAAGGAGUUGGGGCAGUGUUAAUGCAGGAGGGGAGACCUGUAGCUUAUAUGAGCAAAACUUUAUCAACCAGGAAUCAGAACAAAUCAGUUUAUGAGAGAGAACUGAUGGCAAUUGUUUUGGCAAUACAGAUAUGGAGAUCUUAUUUGUUGGGAAGAAGAUUUGAGGUGCACAUCGUUGAAGAGAAGAGACCACAUCACUAGACAAUAUAUGUGAUUUGGUUGUUUCGAAAUCAGUCAUAAGACCAACCAGAAAGCUCAUGACCGCCAUUUGUUCUCGUUGUUUCUGCUGCACUUUGAUAUCAGGACUAAAUGGGAUUAAUGUAUUAAGCUCUUCAUAUGUUUUCUUGAAAUCCAUAAAAUAAGCCGUGAGAGGCUUAUCUUUCAUUUCUGCUCUGUAAAAGGCUUUGCACACCUCAUAGAUGUGAUUAAGAUUACCUUUGCCUGAAUACAUAAAUUCCAAAUAAUCAAACAGUUCUUUCACUGAAUCACAAUGACUAACAUACCCCAUGACGUCGUUCUCCAUGGAGUUUUGAAUCUGGAUAAAUAAUCUAGAAUCAUCACGAAACCAGGCAUCAUUAGCAGCUCUAUCAGCCUCCUCCUUUGGCGGGUCAUCAACUAAGUGGACAAACGUUUACCGUAGAAAGAAGGCUUCCAAUAUUGUAACGAAGUGUACCUGGAUAGCACUAGAGGACACUCCGGCGAGUCUGGCGACAGUCACCGGUCGAAGCUCCGGCCAGAAAUACGCCCUCACGCGCCAGCGCGUGAGUAGGAUGCGAGAACCUCAGGCGGCGCGUGUAGCUCACACGCAGUGAUUUGGACCUACGGAUUUCAGUUUUCUGGUCGCCGGCGGAAGGCGCACCAGCAUAGGGUGGAGGUGA